AUGACCCCUGGAGACCAGGCCAACCCCGCACUCACGCUAACCGCGCGCUAUACUCUCCCUCCCCUCUACCGCCGGUACCUUCUGAAUCUAAUCCAUCAUAGCACUACUCCACGCGGCGCACAUAACACUUGUCUCAUACCAUUCAUCGUCCCUAUCGUUACCUUAACACCCUCACACCCUACUCACGUCAACCCACACCUCGACCACCGCUCCAUCCUCAUCCCCCCCGCACCUACCCACCCCGACCGCUACACCGCGACCGACGCACUGGAUGCACAUCAACCACGUUCCCCCAUCAAGUCAUCCUUUCCACCAGCACGCCAGCCCUAUGCACAGACACCGACUGCCAACCACAGCCACAGCACAGACCCACCACCGGCCCACAGACACACGCGCACACCGCCAUCAGCGACACCCCACACCUCCACAACCCUGCACACACCGCACCACCCGCCCAGACCACCGCCACGACAGACCCACCCAUCGCCGGCCUCACCCCCAUGCCAACCACUAGACCACCCCGCAGAACUGGCGACGGGCCGCGGCCCUCCGCGGCACUUUCCUCCAGAUGGCAAUCCCGGCAGCAGGAGCGUGCGUACGAAGUCAGUCGCUGAGGCAGGCCCCCACCGCCCACUCGCACCCACUUCCCUCGGCAGGGCUCCGAGACGGAGGCAGGGCAGGCAGGCAGGCAGGCGCAUGCCAGGCGGCAAAAGCGGCACACUAAUAGCAGCGGUUUCAGACACUCUCCGCCCCUGGAUGAUGGUGUGGCCGGGGCCCGGCCGUGAGCGAGGUCGAUUGGAUCAGCCACGGUGGCCCAUGGGGAAGUGGUCAGCUCCAUGGGAGAGGGCCACGCGCGAGGCAGUCGGGACUGCCUGUUGUCGGACUCCGCGCGAGGCACAAGAGCAAUCGCCGGCCCCCCCGUCCCGAUAA